AUGGUAGUCGGUGACGAUGCAAAUAAAUUGCAUACUAACACACCGCAAUUUAUGGCCUCUCCUCAACAAGUACGAAACCUUUCCCAUUACCAGUACGAAACCAGCAUGGUAGUUGGUGACGGUACAGGCCUCUCCUCAACAAGUACGAAACCUUUCCCAUUACCAGUACGAAACCAACAAGAACCUUCUUCCCAAUACCAGACGACUCAGAAUAAUACUUGCUGA